AUGGUCUUCUCUCGACGGACUUGGCUGACCCUCUGCAGUCUGACCUUCGCGCAGGGAGUGGAGAACGCAACUUGUGGUGCCGAUGGCUCCUGCGAUCCAAACUCCUUGCUCCAGACGGUGCACCAGACGGGGCGGCAUCUCUCCAAGGGCUGUGUAGUCGGUGCCCAUGUCACUUGCCCAGGUAGCGACGUCAGCUGUGCUGGAAACCAAUGCUGUCCCCCAGUUCAACCGGGGGGUCCUUCGGUCAUUUGCCCAUCUGCUUCUCCGGACUUCCAUGACUGCGGCAACCCGGUGAAAGUGGAGGACUGCGUGUCCGGUGACACCCCAGCUCCGGCACCAAGCCCGCCGGCUCCUCCAGCUCCAGCUCCCGCCCCCUCUCCUUCACCCGAUACCGCCGCAUCCUUGACGAUGCGCAUCGUCAACAAGGAGUGGUCUGACGGUGUGGUGUUCUGUCGCGGUCCGCAAGAUGCGCUGAGCACGGUCUAUCUGGACGCGGCUUUGACCCAAAGCGUCAAAAAUUCAGCCGUGGAUUGCUCCGAGGGCACUGGGAAUGACGAGUAUGGAAGUGGUGUCCCAGCUCUCACGACUCUGUGCAUGGGCCUCAAGAAGGGCGAGUCGAUCGAUCUCUUCUUUGGUGAAGGUGGAAACUGGCCUUCUGGGACUUGCUGGUUCCAGGAUAUAGCAUCAAACCAGCAGCACUCGCUGUCCAUGGGACCUCAAUACCAGAGCCAGGUCGAGUUCACGAUUACCACUGUGGUGUCGUGGGAUCUCACCUCCGUGGAAGGAGUGUCCGGAGGUGUCACCAUGAAUUACACAGAUGGCAAUGGGAAGAAGACCGAUGUGGUUGCCUUGCCUGGCAAGUUCACCGGAUCUCUGUUGAAGAUCCAGCCUGCUCCUGGCAUUGGCUUCCCUACAGUUCUGGCUGACAAGCACGUCUAUGGGGAAUGCAACUGCCCCGUCUUCUCGCCGGACAACCCAAGCUGCAAUACGGAUGCUUGCUACACUGGAUGCCCCGGAUCCCUGGCCGACAACCCCUGCGGCCAGCACCGCUGUCGUCAAUGGUAUGCCAAAAGCUAUGAGACCUCCGAGAGCUAUUGUGGCUGGCUCUAUGCAAACAAUGCAGAGACCUAUUGCUGGGCUAUGGAUGAAUGGAAGUGCAUUGAUCCCACCUGCGGCUAUGGCGCUGCUGACCAGCCCAGCGAGGACUGCAGCACAGUGCUCGGAAACCCGAACUUCCAGCCUAACACUUACAGCUGUGGUCACAUCAAGAACCAGCCAGCUUAUCCCAGUGGUGUGUGGUGGACCCACGCCGUCGGUUGCACCGACAAGCUGGUUCAGGGCGUCCCAACCAACCCCAUCUUGCCAAGAGCCGGUGGAGUUAUCGAUAUAAGCUUCGACAAUCUGCCCUGGCUCCACGAGUGA